CGUCAAGAGUGGACUUGAUUGCUCAAUUCCAUCGCGCCUUCUUAUCGUGGAACGUUGCAUUAUGCACGUCGCAUCACGUGGACGCUGAUCCAGAUUAGCCAUGCCAUGCAGGAACGGCGGUCGUGGUUGAGGGGAACCCGGUCGUCGCCGCCGCCGCCGGUCAUAUAAACAUGCUUUCUUGGUACGUAUUGGAGAAUGUCUUCGACUCGUGGCGUCGAGGCUCCGGAACUCCCAACCAAGCUCCUGUCAAUUGGGUUUCGAGCUCAAAGGCGGUCAAUAUGGGGUUUCUGAAGUCGUGGCCGGCAGCUCUGGUGGGACUGUUGAUGGGUACGGAGACUGUGGCGUUCAAUGCUCCUCCGAGUGUCCCAGCUUGGUGCGGAAAGCCGUAUAUGAGCUCCAACCAUUCUCUGGAUCCAGGCGGACAAUUCCAGUUCCCAACGCCACAGGCCAAUCCAUUACUGUAUGUCGCUAUUCAGCCAAGAUACUCAAUAUUUCUCGAGAGUGACGAGUCUGGAUCUUUCAUCGUUGAUGCCACGAUUUCACACAUUUUCGGCCAGUCGUACAAAAAUGUCAGCUACGACACACCUGGCCAAGAAGCGGGGAACCCAUUCACGACUAUGGAUUAUGAGAUUUACAGUGAAGAAUCUGGAUCACUACUCGUGUCCAACUCCGUCCCUGUCAACUCCACUGGCAACCUCAUUGGCUUCUCAUUCUCGACUUUCCAGGCAAGAACUCAGCCAUAUACGAUUUCCAUUUAUGGCACUUCUCCGGAUGGACAGCAGACGUAUACUGCAAGCACGGAAAUUUACAUCUUACCAUCCCGUACAUCCGGCAGUGCAGUCAAGAUUGAUAAUCUCUAUGGAGGUCUGUACGUUCAAAAUGCUUUCAAUAACUGGAAAGGAUGGUAUGCAAUCUUUCCCAAUGGCUACUAUGCCGACGGUGGCUAUGUAACUCCCAGCAAUUUCAGUCUGAGUGGCCUCGACACAUACGCCUCGCAAGGAUUCAACACUAUCAACAUUGUGCCCGACGGAGGAUUGCCCGACCAAUCGUACCCAGUUGCUUCCUUGGCCCAAUACUGGGACCGAAUGGACGAAUUGAACCUAUUCAACAUCUACGACAUGCGCUUCGCAUUCAUGAACUCGACAAGAAUCAGCGAGCAAGUAGCUCUCUGGGAGAAUCGAACGACGUUGUUGAUGUGGUACACUGCCGACGAGCCAGAUGGGUGGAUGUACGCCUUAAACUCAACUAAGCUCGCCUACGAUCAACUCCGAGAACUCGAUCCCUAUCAUCCAGUAUCCCUAGUGCUAAACUGCCAGAAUUUCUUCUACUCAGACUACGCCUCUGGAGCCGAUAUCAUCUUCGAGGACGCCUACCCCGUCGCCAUCAACGCAACGUGGUCCAUCCCCUGGGGCACACCAUGUAACCUCACCUACGGAGACUGCGGAUGCGACAACUGCGUCGGCGACCUAGAAGACGUCUCGACGCGCCUAGACGAUAUCCAAACCUACCAAGCAAACCUCCCCGGUCAAAUCAGUAAACCGACCUGGUCAGUCAUCCAAGCAUUCGGCGAGCAGGAUUACUGGAAAAGCAUCCCCAGCGUCGCAGAAGUCGAGAACAUGAUGAUGCUCUCCGUCAACCACAACGCGAAAGGCAUCACGUACUGGAUCUACCCCAGUACAAACGAUGUCAACGUCGGAAGUGGAGAACUCGGAAAAGUAUUCCAAUCAGCGUCAGCAAUGGCGUUUAUAUUCGGCACGAACGCCAUCAAAGGAUUGCCCGUCCAGGGCGAACCGCUGGUUGAUGCUAGUGCGUGGAUUGUGGGCACGCAGAUGAUGAUUGGGGUCGCGAGUGGGGAGUACGUCGAUUUCUCGUCGCAGGUUACGAUUAUGUUGCCUGAGGCGGCGGUUUCGGUGACGGAGGUGCUGUAUGGGAGCUCGAGUUGGAGUGUGAGUGGGAAUACACUUACGACGAUGGGGUUGAAGGGAUUGGAGGUUGAUGUUUUGGUUUUAAAUUUGAGUUGAGUUUUGGUAGAGGUAUGAAUUGCUUCUACUCAAUGUCACAGAUUGCGUGAUACUUUGCCCUCUAAGUAC